AUGGGCAUCCAACAUCAUGGUCACAAUUUUCCCACUUGUUUUGCAUCGUGCAGUAUCCCUAGCUAUUUCAAUGCGUCACUACCGGAGAAGCUGAAUGCUAUUCGCAACGCGGGAUUCGGCGGGAUCGAGAUGUCUAUGCCAGAUAUUCUGGCAUACAGCGAGCAUCUCAACGGAGAAAUGCUCAAUGAAGAUGACUUUGAUGGCAUUGCCUCUAUAUCCACAAAGAUACGAGACCUUGUGGAAGAUCUGGGCCUUCGUAUUGUCAUGCUACAGCCAUUCUCCAGAUUCGAAGGGUGGUCGAAAUCAGAACAUUCCGAAGAGCGAGUGGCAGCCUUCCGGCGGGCUCGUGGAUGGAUAAGAGUUAUGGAAUCUUUGGGAACAGACAUGCUACAGGUUGGAUCAUCGGACGCUGACGGAAUCUCCUCGUCGUUGGAUGACCUGGCCGCAGACCUCAGUGGGCUGGCCGACAUGUUAGCAGAAAGAGGAUUUCGACUUGCGUACGAGAACUGGUGCUGGGCAACACAUGCCCCAUUGUGGAAGGAUGUGUGGCAAAUCAUUCGGAGAGCGAGCCGCCCGAAUAUCGGCCUUUGUUUGGACACCUUCCAAACAGCGGGAGGAGAAUAUGGUGACCCAAGCACAGCGUCUGGAGUCAUUGAAGAAGUCGGAAGAGAUGAACUGGAUGCGCGAUGGAAGCACAGCAUGGCGGAGAUGGCGAGUGCCGUUCGCGGCGACGAGAUCUUCCUCCUUCAGAUCUCUGAUGCAUACAAGAUGACCCCGCCUCUAUGCAGCGACGGGGAUGAACCCAGAUGUGCCUGGAGCCAUGAUUACCGUCCGCUGCCCUUCGAUGGAGGCUAUUUGCCGAUCCAGGAUGUGCUGGGUGCUGUACUUCGCACUGGAUUCUCGGGUUGGCUCUCGAUCGAGGUGUUUGACUCGAAGCCGAAAGAAGGGAUGUCGAUGGAAGACUUUACGAAAGCUGCCAUGGAAUCCUUGAAGCGUCUUUUAGAUGAAGUAUAA